UACAUUCCAGGCACACCACCAUUACCACUGCUUAUAUAUUCCUUCUACUCAACCCUCCAUACAUAAUUACCCUUAAUUUCUAUCCCCAUUUUUUUCUUAUUCAGCGUGUGCCUCAAAUGGCUCGAUUCAAUUUCAGUGUUAUUCUGAUUCUGUCAUUUUCUCUGUAUUUGUUCCUAUAUCCCAGUACAGUCUCUGCAGAACUCAAACGCAACUAUUAUGCUGAUAUCUGCCCGGAUGUAGAAAGCAUCGUUAGAAAAACGGUUGAGAAGAAAUUCAAAGAAACAUUUGUUACAGUUCCUGCCACUCUCCGUCUCUUCUUCCAUGAUUGCUUCGUCGAGGGUUGUGAUGCGUCAGUUAUAGUUCAAUCAACUGGAAGCAACAAAGCUGAGAAGGAUCACCCUGAUAACUUAUCCCUAGCUGGAGAUGGAUUCGACACCGUAAUCAGAGCCAAACAGGCAAUUGAUGAAGUUUCCAGUUGCAAAAACAAGGUCUCCUGUGCUGAUAUCCUCGCCAUGGCCACUCGAGAUGUCGUUGCCCUGUCCGGUGGACCUUCAUAUGCGGUUGAGUUAGGAAGAUUAGAUGGUCUAAGUUCAACUGCGUCGAGCGUAGAUGGGAAGUUACCGCAGCCAACUUUCAAUUUGAGGCAGCUCAAUUCAAUGUUUGCCGCUAACGGACUCGACCAAUCAGACAUGAUUGCUCUCUCUGCUGCACACACCGUUGGAUUCGCUCACUGCGCCAAGUUUUCAGACAGGAUAUACAAUUACAGCCGUAAAAAUCCUGUUGAUCCUACGAUCAACAAGACAUAUGUGCCGGAGCUAAAGCAAUUGUGCCCACAAGAUGUGGACCCUCGGAUCGCCAUCAACAUGGACCCCAACACACCCAACACCUUUGAUAAUGUAUACUUCAAGAAUCUUCAACAGCACAAGGGUCUUUUCACGUCAGAUCAGGUCCUCUAUACGGACACCAGGUCAAGGCCCACUGUAAAUGCGUGGGCCAGUGACUCCGACUCCUUUAAUAAGGCUUUUAUUGCUGCUAUGACCAAGAUGGGUCGGGUCGGUGUGAAGUUGGGAAACAACGGAAAUAUCCGUCAUGAUUGUAGUGUGCUCAAUUAGGAAAAUACAUUUUAUUUAAGCCUAGCUAAAGCUAUUUCUGUUCUUUUGUUUUGUUGUAGUAGGUGCUCAAUUUUUAGCUUUAAAGAAACGGAUUAAUUUGUAAUAAAAUCUGAGCAUAUGAAAUAAAACGACAUGACAACCUGCUUCUAUUCA